AUGAUGAAUUGUCAAUUUCUUUUCAUUUUAUUUCUGCAAUUUAUCGUGACUAAUGAACUCAAUCUACCCCCAGAUAUAGGUGGAAGUUGGGAACCUGUAAUACCAGAAAAUGAUGGAGGUGCUAUUGGAAAGAGUUUAGGUAUGCAGACAGUUCAUACUGCUCUUCUACCUUCAGGCAAAAUUUUACUCGUUAGUGGAAGCAGUUGGCGAAAUCCAGCAUCCAUUCAAUACUAUCCACUAUUUGCAAAUCCAGAACCUGGCAGUGGAUUGUGGAUCAAAGAUGAUGAUCCAUUUCUGAAGAGUAAACUAAACGAUUAUUAUGAGUUGGUGAAUAAUGCUGCUGUCUAUGAUGUAAAAGCAAAUACAUUUUAUCGUAUUCCUCAUCCAGUACCCGUUGAUGAUCCUGACCCAUCCAACGUAUCCCGUUUUGUUCCUAAUGAUCUUUUUUGUACGGGUCAUCAACAUUUACCUAAUGGAAAUGUACUUUUUGUUGGUGGUACGCAAUACUAUUAUCCAUUCGAUACAGGACAUCGUUCUACUUUCAUAUUUGAUUGGCAAAAAGAAGCUAAUAUAUCAUGGCCACAGGUUGAUUGGCGACAAAUUCCUGAUGAUGAAAAUAAUCCAUGGUAUUUUUCCGGCUUCAUGAAACGAGGACGUUGGUAUCCUAGUAUUCUUCCACUGUUGGAUGGUCGAAUGAUGGUGUUUGGUGGUUUUGUAGGCUUUGAUGUAGGUUUUCCAUCUAUGUACGCAUUCGAAAUGAAUAGUUUUGUAGAAUUUUUCAAUCCUAUACGAUUAAAUUGGUCUGCAGUAGAUGUUAAAUCAUUUCCGAACAGUCCUUUCACAACUCUAAUUAAUCCCAAUUUUAAACCUACUCCAGAAUGGGAAUGCGAUGCACGUUGUAUAAAUGAUAACAAAUAUGAUGCAUUCAAACUCUAUCCAGAAAAUUAUUUAUAUCCAGAUGGACGGAUCUUUUUAACACGUGAAGGUGAUUGGACAAGUGCACGAACAACAGACGGUGCCUUUAUUCGUCGAACUAAGAAAACUUAUUGGAUUCAACUGCAAAACAAGAAAAACAUCACAUUUUCCUACGGACCAGAUCGUCUUGUGAAUAUUACUUCCUAUGGUACAACUGUUCUUGAUCCUAAUAAUGGUUGUAUUAACUUGUUUGGUGGUCAACCGGCGUGCUCUGGUGUUCUUUUGUAUAAUGACUCUAGUUCUGACAAUUAUUUCGCUGGUUGCCGUGCAAGUCGAAAGCUUGAACAAUUUAAUCAAUCGAAAUAUGACGCGAAUGGUGGUCAUUGGACGUUAGAUUCGAACUUUCUUAGUAAUAAUAUAGAAGAUGAUCGUUCAAAUCAUUAUGCUCUUAUUCUUCCAACCAGUGAACUUCUAAUUAUUGGUGGAAGCAACUACGAUUUCUACGGUUCUGUUCGUUAUCCACUACUACUUACUCCACAAUUUUCAAAACAAACAAAUGAAUUUCUCGGCUAUACCAAGCGAAGAAUGAAUGAACAUGCUGAAACUCGUCUUUAUCAUACUGCAGCGCUACUAAUGCCGGACGGACGCAUCUGGUUAUCAGGAGGAAACGCUGCUCGAGCAUCAAUUAAACAGCGAACUGCACCACUAUCAGCUUUUAACGCGAGUAGCGGCAAGCAGCCGUUACCUGAUCUAAGUCUCAUUAAUCUGGAUUAUCACUUUACUGUGGACGAUCUUGUAAUGGGACAAGCAUCGAAAGGAUCAUCUCUGCCGCCGACAGAAGCAUGGGUAGCGGAAAUAUUUAGUCCACCUUAUUUAUUUAUCGAUGGUGAACGUCGCGCUGAAAUCGUCUCUCUUACGACAAUACAGACAAAUUAUUCUUUUGAGAAGAUCAUCGCAAAUCAAACAUUCUAUUUACUUCAUAGUAAUCAAUCUUAUACUGUACAAUUAUCUAAUUUACCCGAACAAUGUUGUAAUCAAGGCAAUGCUUCCCUUGUUAUAAUUAAAUUACCAUGGGCUACUCAUGGUUGGGAUGGAGGACAACGCCUAUUCAAAUUACAAUUUAGUUCAGACGAUACAAAUGAUCAAAUUCAAUUCUCUAUGCCUGAUGCACAACAAGCAAAUUUACCUCCUGCUUACUAUAUGAUGUUUUAUGUAGAUUGUAUGGGAAAACCAUCAAAAGCUCAAAUGAUUCGCUUUGAUGAUAAUGUGCAAGAACUUUAA